UCACAAUCCACAAUUGGGAGCUGCUGUACGGAGGUGAAGCACAGGCAAGGCUCUCACAACACACUCAACACGAUCCUCACCAGCUGCAGGCAAAAUGGUUGUCCUUGCGGCGUCCAUCUGCACCCGUGGUGGGAAGGCCGUCCUCGCGCGGGCAUUCCACGACAUCAAGCGGUCUCGCAUCGAAGCUCUCCUCGCAUCGUUCCCCAAGGCGGCAAACUCUGGCACCCAGCACACGACGGUCGAGCAAGACAAUGUCCGAUUUGUCUACCAACCGCUAGACGAGCUCUACAUGGUGCUCAUCACCAACAAGCAGUCCAACAUCCUCCAAGACAUCGACUCGCUGCACCUAUUUGCCCAGGUGGUCACCAGUACCUGCAAGAGCCUCGACGAGCGAGAGAUUCUCCGGAAUGCCUACGAGCUCAUCAGUGCUUUUGACGAGCUGGUGACGCUCGGUUACCGGGAGAACCUGACCAUCAGCCAGAUCAAGACAUUCCUUGAGAUGGAAAGUCAUGAGGAGCGGAUUCAGGAGAUCAUUGCCCGGAACAAGGAGUUGGAAGCUACCGAGGAGCGGAAGAGGAAGGCCAAGCAGUUGGAGAUGCAGCGCAAGGAAUCGGGGAGGAGCGGUCGCAGUGGCGGCAUGGGUGGCCGGCCGCCAGUAUACCCAACAUACACCCCGCCAGUACGACCCGCUAUCACCGAGACAUACGAUACCUACGAGGCGGAGAAGAACAAGUCCAAGUUUACUGCCCCGAAGGGCAAGGGCAUGCAACUGGGCAAGAAGUCCAAGACCACAGAUAUGUUCGAGCGUGUGAAGACAGAGUUGGGGCCCGUGGACGAUACGCCACUUGUUCCCGUCCCCGCCCCGUCUGCGCCGGAAGCGGCCGCUGCGGCCCGGAUAUCGUCGUCGCUAGACCGCGAUGCGAUCCAUGUCACCAUCAACGAGGCCAUCAGCGCCAAGCUAUCCAGGGAGGGCACGCUGAACUCAUUCUCCAUAAGCGGGGACCUAACACUGCGCGUGUCAGAUCCCUCGCUCACUAAGCUCAAGCUGAACCUCAGCGCCACCCCGUCGCAUGGUGCGCAAUUCCGGACGCACCCUAACGUAGACAAAAAUGCCUUCAACAGCUCUAAAACCAUUCAGCUGGCAAACCAAGCGCGGGGUUUCCCGGUGAACAAUGCAGUGGGCGUCCUCCGCUGGCGGGCCACGCCUAAGGUGGACGACACCAGCGCGCUGCCCAUUACGUUCACCGUCUGGGUCAACAAGGGCUCCGAGGGCAACUGCACGCUGACCAUUGAGUACGAGCUCUCUGGUGGCGACACGCUCAAGGAUGUUAGCGUGAUUGUGCCGUUCACAAGUGCCGAGCCAUCCAUUUCCAGCUUCGACGCUGUCUACGAGGUGUCGGGUGACAGCCUGGAGUGGGCGAUAGGUACGGUCAAUGAUGAGAACCCCAGCGGGGCCUUUGAGUUCGAGGCGCAGACGGACGACGAGAACGAGUUCUUCCCGAUGCAUGUGCGCUUUUCGAAAACCUCGCCGUUUGUGGACGUCGAUGUCCAAUCGGUGGAGUUGAUCGAGAUGAACGAGGAGGUGACCUUCUCCAAGGACAUCAAGUCAGUUGCCGAGUCAUAUGUAAUUGAGUAGUAGACGCUCUGAGGAGAGCGGCUGGCAGGAUGACGAUCAAUGUUCGGUGUUUUGAGCGGGCAGGUGUCUUUGGAGUGCGGGCGUGCUUAGAGACACGGCAGGAAAAGGCUGUAGGCUGUAGCUGUCUACAAGACCUCGCGAUUUUCAUGGGACUGCGUACACAAGCUGUCUUGGCUCUUAUCUUGAACUCCCCUGGAACCUCUCAGUCCCUUUUGUCAACAAUGGGCCGCAGUCUGAAUCAAGCGCUGCAGUUAAGAGUGCACCAAGUGCAGUGUUGUGAGGCACAGUGCGAAUAUCCUGGUCGCCCAGUCAAUCAAUUAAAGUUCU